AUGCGAAGAGCAGCCGCGACGACUGUGCGGUCGACGGUACGGCUGGCGAAUUCGAAUCCAAAGCCGCAAUGGCCCGCUAUUUAUAAUCAGAAUGACAACAUUAACAUUUUAAAGCCGAAUGGUCUGAGGUUUUAUGGCACACCAGGCCCACGGCCUAGACAGACUGCGCCAAUCCAACACAUUUUGGUAUCAAAACGCAACAGGGCAGCCAAGAAGAUCAUAAGGGCCCGUCAAGAUGAUUUAAAACAGAAGGGGGUUCUUAUUUCACGGAUCCCACGUUUCGAUAUAGAAGAACUAAGGGUAGAAAAGUCUGAGGAGCAACGGGAAGAAUGGCUUCAAGUUUUAUUAACAAUCAUCGACCCUGUCGAUAGAAGAGUAUCGCGGAAGAUAUUUCAGACGCUGGCAGUCGCAUGCAGGAGGUUGAAAGCGACUGAGGUCGAGGAGAUUGUAAAAUUGGCUAUCGAUGAUUUACCUUCUGAGGCAACCGCGGACCUCUUCGGACCGAACAUACGUCGUGGGAUUUUGGAAAUCGAUGAUCAUGGCUAUGUCAUGUUCAAAAGCAAGUAUUUCCACCAAAUGUUGGUCGCUCGAAGGAUGCAGGCCACUGGGCCUCAGAACUCCUAUUUCUUGAUCGAAGAGGAACUUGGUCAUUUCGAAUUAGCCCGGGUUUUGCUUUUAUACAUGGCAAAAUAUGGGGAAUCGGGUCCAUUCCAUAGCAUCAGAGAGCAGGAGGAGCGGGAAACCGCCUAUCCGCUUCUCAGAUACGCUGCGGUCCACUGGCCAGGUCACUGUAUCUCGUCUUGGUCCUACAGACGCCUUCUCAUCGAUCUAGCCUCGAAAUUUUGGACCACCGACAAAACUUCUUAUUAUGGGGCUUGGUUACAGGCAUACUUUUAUUAUUUCCACCCCAAUGAUUCAUACAACGGACACCAAUUGGCUGUUAGGUAUCUUGCAUGGAUGGAUGGUCCUGUGACUCGCCUUUCGUCUUGGGGUAUCACAGAGUUUGUCGACGCCGCGCUUGAACAGCCGCCGACGACAUACGAAAUGUCUACUGCUCUAUGCAUCGCCAUCAGAGCUGGACAUAAGGAGGUAGUUUCCGUCCUGAUAUCACACGGCGCCGAUAUCAAAGCUACCGGAAUGAUUGGGAAUGGGAAUUAUCUCCACGAAGUUAUAUUUCGUAAACAGCCGGCUUCUAUGCUAAAGUUUCUACUAGAACAACCGGGUUGUAAAGAUCUAAUCGAUGGAAUCGACGACGAUGGCCGCACGCCGCUUCAUAUGGCCGCUUCAAAGGGGAAGUUAGAGGCAGUCAAGAUUUUGUUGGAAAACGGAGCUACCGUGGAUGUUCCUUGUGAUAUGGGGCGUACUGCUCUUCACUGCGCUGCCGAAGAGUGUUUUAUAGAUGUUGUGGAGUAUCUACUGAAGGCAGGCGCGAACCCGAACGGCCUGAGCUAUCUGAAGACUCCAAUGCACCCUGCCCAUGGCACUAGGGAUACCGAUAAAGCUAAACAAGUACUAACCGGGAGCAUAGUAAGACUCCUGAUAGAAUACGGAGCUAGCCCGACAGCGCAGGAUGCCGAUGGUUUCACGCCGCUGAACACCGCGGUAAUCAAGAAUAAUUUAAAAGUUGUGAAAGCCUUGCUUCCGCAAUAUACUGAAGAGGAUAUCAAUAUCAUUGGGAAACGUGGUGGUUUCCAAGAAAGUUCAACGGCCCUUAGCUCUGCUUUGGUCUACGGCUCUAGUAGGGAUAUCGUAAAGUGGUUGAUCGAGAAGAAAGCUAAGGGUCCCCCGGAUCGCCUGAUAGGCCAUCUAGUCGACUAUUGUGAUCUCGCAACUACCGACGUCCUACGAUUAAUUUGGAGUAAUUUUCCGGAAGAGAUGGCCGCUUACGAAAUCGCUACGGAUAAAUCGUUUUUUGAAAUGAUGCUUUCUGCUUUCCCACCGCCAAAUCGGAGGUUGAUUAACGCUUUACAACUGUUAACACCAGAUUGGCAGGAUACUAUACUGAAGAACUACGAGCCCUAUGUUGGAUCGGGUAUGGAAGGGUUGGUUAAAGCUGGGGCGAUUAAUAGUAUUAUACAAUAUGCUAGAUCUCAUGAGUCUGAAAGUGAGAAUUUCCCUUGGAAGGAAAUCUGGGAGACUCUUUCCGACCCCCCAGUUUUCCCAAUCUGGUCUCUCGGCGGUAUAAGAGAACUUCUUCAAUUCCGACCUGAGUUUAAGACCCCGGAGUACCUUAUACCCGCGCUUUGUAACUCCUUUUCAUGGGACGAUGGUAGAGAGACAAUACCUCUCUUCUAUAUGGACCUGGUAGAACAACUCCCCGGGACGACAUUGUUGGAUUACACCGACGAAGAGACCGGUGCGACAAUACUACACCAAGCCUGCGAAUCAGCACACUACAGAGUCGUCGAUCGUCUCAUAACCGUCCACAAAGCCAAUGUCAAUGUUCAAGAUAACUCUGGAGCCACACCGUUAAUGCGCUGUUUCGAACGACUAGCUCAUACAAACUUGAAAUCAGGAAUCAUCCAAAGACUCCUAGAACACGGUGCCGACCCCACAAUUCGAGACAACGAGAAUCGAACCGCAGUAACUCAUCUCGCCAUGUCCAGCAGCUGGACCACUGCUAAUUCCGAACGGGCAGCUCUGGAGUUACUCAUGCAACACCCUGGAACCAAAUCCGUGUUCGAUACCCCCGAUUCUUCGGGUCUACGACCGAUCGAUUAUGCGUGUCAACAGAACUUAUACCCAAUUGUCAAAGAAUUCAUGGAUUCUGGCGCAGAACUAAGGCUUAAAGACCCUAACGGAGUAGAACUAAUAUCUAAGUUAUCGCUCCGCUGGACUUCAUUCUGUCGUUUUUAUCCCCUCGUGGAGGAUCUGCUAUCCAUGGGCGCGGACAUCUUUGCGGUUAAUGAAGACGGGGGGUCUUUCGUUCAGGAAUCUCUUGGGUUUUAUGGAGACCUUCAUGUUAUUAGAUAUGUAAUGGACGAUCCUAGGUUCGAUCCCAUGGCCCCGUUACCCAGAAGGGAAGGAGAUGAAGAGACACCGGUUGAAUUACCGUUUCAUUACGCCAUCAAAAAUUGUCGACGGAAGGCAUCUUUGAUGCUUAUCCUUGCUACACCAGAACAACGAUUAAAGAUCGCGCUAGGGAAAAGUAUGGAUGGGAAGGAAACUACUUCGUUACAUCUCAGUGUUAAAAUCGGUUCCGUGGGACUCGUCAGAUCAUUAAUCGAAGCUGGAGCGGAUGUAAAUGCUGUUGAUGGGCAAGGGAGAACGCCGUUGUUUUUUAUAAAUCGACGCGGAGCCGGGUUAUCGAUUGCUGAGGGGGCGACUACGGAGUCUGUUACUUGUGGGUAUUGGCUUUUGAAGGCUGGGGCGGAUCCAAAUUUUAGGAAUCCCGUGACGGGGAAGACGGUUUAUGAGAGUAUUGGGGAGUAUGAAGGGUUUGGGCUUAAGAAGCCGGCGUUGAGGCUUUUGAAGGACUUUGGGGCGAGAGAUGUGGAUGAGGAGUGA